GCCUAUGUUCUACUAUCCCCAUUUGCAACGUUUUCAUUAUUCUACUAAAUUGUUAAGCCCCAAAGGUAAGGCUCCAAUCAUGCACCCCACCGUGGUGCCGCUCGCGUUCAAAUAUUACCUCACGUAACGCCUCCAAGUCUCGUCGACGGAGGGAACUCCAACUAAGAGUCCGAUUACGGCGAUAUCCUGCUCACUUUCCCAGCCUCAACUAACGAAGAGGAAAUCGGAAAAUGGAAGAAGAAAAGGAAAAGAAACCGAAAGGACUGAAGCUAAAUUAGUAAACUCCCAUCACUUCAUUCUCCUGCAAGAAAUGAUCUGCUAUUGUGGAUUAUAUGAUGGGAAGUACUUCGGCAUACGCCUCCCGUGUGCAGAGGAGGCAAUUUCUAAAGGGUAAUGUUGUGUGGGUUGAGAUGCUCUCCAUGGGUAUUUUACUUCGACGCGCUCGGCAUUCACACUUGAAGACGUUUUCAGCUCUUCUUCAGUUUUUUCAAAGUGUUUUUCUCUUAUCUUUCCAUACCAAUGCCAGACUGUAAAAAGUCGUUAUAGGGGUUCUUGAAGCUGCAGUGAUAGGAAGCACGCAAAUGAGUCGGGUUAAGGUGAAAUCAACCAUUUCGAGGAGGAGCUCUACGUUAGUACCACGGGAUAGAAGAUGGUUGAGGCUAAGAAGGAGGAGUAAAAAGAACCUCGCGAUGACGAUUUUGAAGAGUUUUAACAGUCAACAUGGUCUGCAUGAAAAUUCGGCAUUGCAUUUACGUUGGAGAGUGUAUCUGUUGCCUAUCUGGUUUAUGCCAAUGAAUCGCUUCUUGGGGUAAAAAAUUCUAAUGAAAUUUCGACCUCUUGCAAAUUUGUACGUGUUAGAUUGGUAAUUUAUGUGUAAGCGCUGCAGAAAUCAUACGAAUGCUGAUAGCGGGUAUUGUUGACGGAUAUAGCCUGUGAAAUCAAACUCAUUCAAAAAAAUAAUAAUCAAAAAGCUGCUACAGCGUAAUUUACGAAAUAUUCAGCUCACUGUCAAAGAGCAAACGAAUGAGUGCAUCUCUAAAUUGCAGUGUCCA